AUGGCUAGGAAGAGAAAAGCUGAAGGACUAACGAAAAUUCAUGAUGCUGCAGCCAUCCUAAACGGAGCUCGAAAGAAAUUUGUUGGAGUUAGACAGAGGCCAUCAGGGAGAUGGGUUGCUGAAAUAAAAGACACCAUACAGAAAAUAAGAGUAUGGCUUGGGACUUUUGACACUGCUGAAGAAGCAGCAAGGGCUUAUGAUGAAGCUGCUUGUUUGCUUCGUGGAGCCAAUACUCGCACGAAUUUCUGGCCUUCUUCUUCUCCUUCAACUUCAGCUCUGCCUCCGAAAAUCACUAAACUUCUUCUCAGCAGACUCAGAGAACGAAAUAAAUCCGUAGCUGCUGCUGCUGCUAAUGAUGACGAUUCGUCCAGUUCUACCUCUCUGGCUGAAAUUGGUCAUCAUCAGCAGAAGCAACAAGAAAAAAUUGGAAGCACAGUAGCUGAUUUUUCAGAUUUGUCGUAUACUGAUUAUCUCAAUUACCCUGAAGACAAUGUAACUGAUAACAACGCGAUUGCUAAUAUAAGUGCAAUUACAAGAGAAUUAACAAGCAUAGUUCAAUAUGGCUAUAAUCAGGAAUUGAAUUUUCAUCCUGUGAAUAACUAUGAGAGAUUGAGCGCGGAGAUUAUAGAGAUAGAAGAGGCAAUUAAUACUGAUGUUGAAGAUAUAAUAGAGUCAAACAUUGGCUUCCAAUUUCUCAACGAAAUUGGAUCGUGUAACUAUUCACCAUUUGAUUUAGCUGAAGAGCUAUCAAUGGUGGAGACAAUGGAACAGGGGAUGGAUUUUGGGGAAGAAACAUCAAUGGUAAGUGAGGCAAUGAGGAGGAUGAAUUACGAGAGGAAGUUUUCAGCUUCUCUUUAUGCUUUCAAUGGGAUCACAGAAUGUUUAAAGUUGAAGAUGAAAUCUGGAGGCCUAACGCGGUCUGACCAAUUAUCCAGGCUUCAAAAUGCAUGCAAAAGGAACCUCGACAAGGAGAGGGCAAAUGAAGAAUGCAACGUUGGAAUGACUGAGAAGAAGGAUGAAGAGAAUUCAUCGGGAGAAGUAGCAUUUUCGUCGAUGGAGAGUGCUUAUGACAGUGAAUUCUCCCUCUGGAGCUCUAUUGAUCUCCCACCAAUAUGCUUCGUUAGUUGA